AUGAAGCUUCCCUUUAAAGUUGUUCUUCCUCCUCUACGAAACGUUCCUCCUAUAUGCAAGUACGAUUCGUCAUCUGCAAAGUUUUCUGAAGAAAUGACGAGACCGCUUGCGAACAAUCUUUUAUUGUGCGAUUGCCAUCGUAUCGAUGUUUUCGUUGGUGUUUCAUGUAAAUUUUUUGGGGGAACUUUGUGUAUGAGUUAA